AUGUCUUGGCUCUUAGCGGUAGGAGCACUUGUUCCUCUCUUGGUAGCAGCAAGCUUCCUCAGUUGGGUUCGAUCCUUGCUGAAGAACUAUGCCGCCGCCCGAACCAUUGGCGUUCCUAUACGUGUCAUCCCCUUCAGCCCUUUCAACCCUUUCUGGUCCCUCGUUGACCGAAAAGUCGUUUCGCUUCUCCGGCGUCUACCCUACAUUGGAGAAAAUAAUGUCACGCGCUACAACUGGCGUGGAUGGGACCUAGAAGACAGGUGGAAAUGCCACUAUCAGAUGGGAGAUGCCUUCGUGCUUGUGACGCCUCAGUACAAUAUGCUCCAACUCAACAACCCUGACGCUACCACGAAUGUCUUCAAGAGAGCCACCGACUUUCCACGGCCAGUAUGGGUCAACGAUGUCCUUGCUGUCUUCGGCUCCAACAUAUCUACGGCUGAGGGUCAGUCAUGGAAGACCCAGCGAAGAGUCGCGACUCGUUGCUUCAAUGAGCCAAAUAAUGAGAUAGUAUGGUCCGAGACUCUUGACCUGUCCCACGACAUGCUUCGUUAUUGGACACGCAAAUCCUCCGUUAAUUCCGGCGCCGGGGACAUCCGCACGCUUACGCUCAGCGUGCUUGCUCGUGCCGGAUUCGGCAAGUCAUUCAAGUUUCGGGGAUAUGACGAAGAGACACCAGACGAUGAGAUGCAAUCUAUGAGCUACAGGGAAUCCCUGGGCAUCAUACUGGAGAAUUGUAUCGUUAUCCUGGCCCUUGGCCCCAAGACAUUAGCAUCUUUGGCCCGUUACUGGCUGCCUUCCAAGCUCAAGACUGUGAAUCAGGCAGUCAUCUCAUUCCAGACACACAUGACGACAAUGUAUGAGGAGCAGAAGCGUGCGUUCGCGGUUGGUGAAAAGAACUCGGAUAAUAACCUCAUGACACUUCUGGUCCGUGCUUCUCAAGAAGCUGCCAACGAGCGGUCCGAGGGCCUGACCGAGAGCGAGAUAUAUGGCAACAUGUUCACGUUCAACUUCGCUGGCCACGAUACAACAGCCCACAGCUCUACGUUUGCCCUAUACUUCCUCGCGGCGAAUCCUGAAGUCCAGGAUUGGAUUUCCGAGGAGAUCCAAAGUGUCCUUGGAGACCGGCAGCCUCACGACCUGGAUUACCGUGCUGACUUUCCCCGUUUCAAGCGGUGUUUAUCAGUAUUAUAUGAAACCUUGAGACUCUACACCAUCGUUCCCGCGAUCAAAUGGACUGGAGAGCACCCGACAACUCUUGCUUUAGGCGAUAGGACAUUAAACCUGCCCCCGAAGACCAUCAUACUGCCCAGUUAUUGCUCCAUGCACACGGAUCCCAGGUACUGGGGCUCCGACUCGCUGACGUGGCGGCCCUCGCGCUGGAUCCGGCCUGACAAGACAGGAAAUACGCCGGGCGACGAGGAAAUAGAUAUGAACCAGCGUGGCGUGUUCCUGGGAUGGUCUGAGGGCACACGGGACUGUCCCGGCAAAAAGUUCUCCCAAGUCGAGUUUGUAGCUCUCAUGGUAGGGCUGUUCGGGCAGUGGCGCGUCGAACCGGCUAAGGAGCAUCCGGGUGAGAGCACAGAAGCCGCACGUCAGCGCGUCUUGAAACUUAUUGGGGAGGACUCUGGAUGGGUUCUGCUGCUGCAAAUGUUGCAUCCAGAGCGGGCGCCGUUAGUGUGGAGGAAGGCGAGUUAG